CUUGUAGGUAGUUCCUCAUUAUUUUAAGUGUUAGUCAGGUGAUACUUGUCCCUCUUGUUGUGCACAUAAGUAAGUAAAUAUGUGCUUCACACGAGUACGUCGUGAUCAAAGAACCAGUGUGAUGUCUCGGCCACAAUGUUCUUGGGUGCCUGCAGAAUUCUGUGCUGUUUGGAAAAACCUGCAUAUAUGUCGGGUGGAGAAUGCCAGCACAUUGUGGGUUCGAGAAGUUCACUCCAGCUCAAUGUCCAAUGAGCUGAUUCUAUUCCAUCAGAUGGAAAAACAGAUGAACAUUCACUUCAAAGAGAAGUCACCAGAUUGUUCUUUAUUGCAGUUCCCAGCUAAUGUUAAAGAUACUGUUGUGGUUCAUCACGAGGGCCACUGGUUCCGAGGGUUGGUGGAGAGCAUAACAAACAACAAGGAACGGAAACUGCAUAUUUUCCUCCUCGACUAUGGAGUCACAGUUGAGGCUCAUGGAUGUAGUAUAUAUAGGCUGAGUGCUGGUGAGUGGAUGAGUGUUCCCUAUCAAGCUAAACGUGUUCAAGUAUUCGGUGUUGUACCUGUGUCGCUGCAUUACUCGCUCUCUGCACUGGACCUCAAACUUAAGCUAAAGCAAGUUUCAAGAUGUUUCCAAGGGUCACUGAGUGUUCAACUUAGCGGACAGUUCUGGGAUGUUAUAAAAGAAUUAUCACCUCUCUCCCAUCUUCGGCCUCAAGAAGGAGCUGUAACAAUGGAUAUCGCUAAGAUCUUAGUUGAUUGUGACUUUGCAUCAUGGAAUGCAAACUUGACUGAGGAAAGGUUGAAGGGAGAGGAGAGGGAAAAAGACUCAACAAUACGGACUACAGAGAAAAACUGCUUGGUGUCAUCUGAAGGAGGAGGAAGACAGGAUAAUUUCAUAAAGAAAACCUCCGCUUACAAACUGCAUGGGAAGAAUGGCAGCUCCCAGUCUCCAUGUGAUGCAGUGUUUCUUCCUGAGCAUACUAUAGCCAGCGAUAAAGCUGACUUUAUAGAGGAUGGAAAGAAGCCUCAGUCUGCUGGCCGAGGCUUGAUGAUGCUAUUAAACACGAGUUUAAAGGAAUCCUUGUCUCGGGUUUCCUCAGUUGGUUGUAGCAGUCUCCUAAAUGGCAGCUUUGUUGCAAGAUCUAAUAACAAUUGCACAAGCAGUUUCUCUCCCUCUCAUCUGUCCUCGGAGAAAAGUUUGUCGUCUGUUUCAACCAACGAUCAGCAUAUAUCUUCAUUAUAUGGCUUAGAAGCAAUUCCUGCCCCUGUAUAUGAGGGUGAAAGGUUAAUUUCAAGAUUAGUUUCAGCUCCACAGAAUGGAAAUGUGGUCUCUGAUCUUGAAAAUGAAAAGCUUUCAGAAGUGGUAGAGACGAGACGAGAUGUAAAUGAUAAUUCUCACAACAAGAGCAAGAAUGCAGCCUCUGGAGAGAGAGACAACAAUACUGACAACAUUCAUUUCAAUAGUCCAUUUGCUGGGUUAACAUCAUCUGCUAAGUCUCCAAACUUAAAAGAUGACCUAUUUUCAUCCAUAUGCGAGUGUGUUGGUAAAAUGUCUACUAAGUACUCAUUACAGAAUCCUUCUCCCAAAAGUCCUGGCCAAGGACUGUGUGUGAAGGAAGAGGAUUCAUUAGAAACUUUUGAUUUCUGGUUAGACAGUCCUGAUUGGCAAGUUUCGAGUCUUCAGAGUAAGGGUGAACAUAUUGAGAAAGACAAAAACUAUGCAACUGGGAAAAUCACAGAAAGCAAACAAAGAGCAGUAAAAAGUGAUUGUAAGUCAUUAGCCAUUAAGUCAGCACAUGUGAAAGAAAGAGUCGAGCUGACACAUUUAUCUCAGUCUUCUGAGGUUGUUGGUGAUGCUCUUGUAAGUGGCACUAAAACAAAAGAUGAUAUGAAAGAAGCAAAUAAGAAAGAAACAGAUAUUCCUCAUUGGGUCUCUGCUCGCUUGAUGGCAACUUUACAGAAUUCUCAUCACAUAAGACACAAAGAGCUGGGUAUUUCAGUGGAAGAUAUAUCCUCCAUAAGUGAAAGAAGUGAAAAUCAAGCUUACAGGCAUACAUAUAGUAAGCAGAAACCACUUUAUAACAGUACUGAAAUGUCUAUCUUCAGUGGAAGUUCAGUAGUUUGCACUGACUCCAGCCACAAUACUGAAGAAAUAAAAAGAAUUGGCAUGCAGGAAACUCAUUGCCAAAAUGAAAAUUCAAAAGAAACACAAAAUAAGGAAGUGGACAAGGAACAUCAGAUGCUGGAUACAUCUUUUAUGUCUGACAUUCAAGAUGUGUGUACCAGUGAGUUUGCUGAUAAAUUAGAGGAAAAAGAAUUUUCACAAAUGAAAGAAAGUCCUACUUUGGACACAUUAAAUAUAGCAAAAUUAUUUAGAGUUUUUGUCGCUGGUGAUUCUCCCCUCGUAAAUGAAGACAUUCUAGUAAAUGAGAGUAUGAUGACUGCCAUCUUGAACUGCCACAUUGUCAGGGUCCUAAAUUAUGAAGACAUGAGACCUACACGAUUGCAAGCAUACACAUGGCCAGUAAUUGCUCGAGGAAGUUCAGCAGUUAUAAUAGGUGGUAGAUCAAGUGGAAAAACUUUGGGAUACAUUGUACCACUAAUUUCCACCAUCUUAGACACUUGGAAGCACAUUAGUCAUCGUUUGGCCCCUGGUAUUGGGGCAGCCAUGGUGGUAGUGUGUCAUAAUUGGCAGAGUGUAAAACUUGCUGCUCAGUACAUUGUUAGCCUCCUGCCUGCUGGCUCCAGUCUGAAAGUCAGGACAGCUUGGGGUGGCCGGGGGCACAAUCAAGCAAAAAUUAUAAAAAUACAGCUUGUUGGAGGAUGCGACAUAUUGGUCACUACUGCCCCCUGCCUUAUAAGACUUCUUACAGGUACAUCAGUCACUGAAGCCAGAGAAAGAGGUUCAGAGAGUGACACACCUGUUACAUCAUUGGCUAGGUGUUGCCACCUGGUUAUUGAUGAUGCUGAUUCUAUCCUGGAAUAUUUUGCUGCUGAUAUAAAACAAUUACUGAUUCUGUGGGCCAAGGGGAGGAAAGAGCAUGGACGUAAAGACUUGGAACAGCAAAUUGUGUUGGUAGGUUCUAGGUGGACCCCAUUGUUUGGCUCCUUAACACAUACCUUGAUGUCUACUGUAGGUCCAACAAUUAUUAUUUCCUCACCUAGUGAGGCAGCUAUAUGCACUAGAGUUGUAAGCCACCUACAUUUAGUAUUAGAUGAAGAAGACUCACUUCAAGAAGUUGUUGAGCUUGUGCAAAAUUUAUAUAACUUAAAGAAAAAUUUGGUCUUUGUAAGCAGUGAUAUAGUCGGUGAAAAGCUGAAGGCUAUGUUGGAGGCUGCUGCUAUUUACUCAGUAAAUAUUCCCAGCAGUAUUAUUAUGUGGAAUUUGAGGAAUUUAGUUCAUUUGUGGCACAAGACACAGGCCAUCACCAUGAUAGUGUGUAGAGGAGUAGAGCAUCAUCUCUUCAAGCAGGACCUUGCUAAUGCAGAUAACAUUUUCCACACAUACAUUAGCACACCAGUUUCUAGAUUCUUUUACAGAUAUUCUUUUAUGAUUGAAAAAUUCUCCAUUGACCUAAAGCAGAAUUCUCCGAAUUGUGAAUCACAUGUGUUUGUGACAAAAGAAACUUUGCAAUCAGUUCCUAAUCUUUUGAAUGAACUAAAGAGGCUGUGUGACCACAUACCUGAUGAGGUUAUUAUUGCUGCUUCUCUGACAGAUAUAGACAAAUUCUCUUUCUUUAACUCACUCUGUUAUUACCUUAAGGCUUAUGGUAGGUGCCCAGUUCUAGAUAAUUGUGGAUUUAGGCAUAAAAUACAACUUACAGAUAGUCCACAACAUCUACCAAGGAUGGGGGAAGUUACUUUUGAUAUUGUGAAAGUACUAAAUGCCUCACGGUAUUUAGUUCGCCUUACUGAAUACCGUGAAAAGGCAGGGACACCUAGUCUUGAUUUAAGAAAUCAUUACCCUAGUUUAUUUCUAGCUCUUCAACUUUACUUUGCAAAUCCAGAAAAUAGUAUUCAACUUGAGCAAGUUGAGCCUGGAAUGUUAUGUGCUGUUAAAGAUAAAGGGAGAUGGGCACGUGCAAGGGUUAUCAGAAUUGACUACACUGGUGAUAUUCCUGAACUUAUUGUGUUCCUUGUGGAUGAAGGUAUUGAGUUCAAUAUUGAUCUUAAGGCUGCUUUUUCUCUUCCACCAUACCUUGCAGCCUUGCCAGAAAUCAUUGUCGAGGUAUAUCUGUGCUGUGUCCAGCCUGUUGACUUUGACAGAGAAUGGACUAUUGAAGCAUCCCAGUAUGUACAGGACUUCUUUAGCAGCAAUAAUUAUAGAAAAUUUGUUGGUCAGAUAACGUUAGCACUUGGUCAAACAUUAUGGCUGAGUCCACUUGUUGAAGUAGUGCAAAUAGGAAAAACAUUUGUGCAAAGAGGACCACUUAGAGGAAAACUAAUCACACAAGGAUUUGGAAUUAACAAUCCUACACACUUAGAAGUCUUAAAGCUACUCUGUUUCAAUGCUAACAUUUCACUAGACCCCCAAGAUUUAAACAGCAGUGAUUGGAAAAUCAAUUUGAAACAAACAUUUGAUCGGUUCCAUAGUUUGCAGAGUAAAGAAGACUUGAACAACAAAACCUUAAAGCAUAGUAAUGGAGCAAGUGUGAGUAACAGGGAUACAAGUUUAAACAUAGAAACAGGUGAAAUAAUAGAUGAAUUGGUGUGCACUACAGACACUACUGCCCCAUCUGAAGAUGACAAGUUUUACACAUUACCAAACAAGAAUAUGAAAAUGGAACAAGUAGAGGAGUACAAGGUGGAUCAGAAUACCUUCAAGUUCCUUGUAAGUGAUAAUUCAACCAUUAAUCUUGCACAGGAGGAUCUACCACUGAACGUAGAACUAAGAGUGGAGUUAGGAGAGAUUAUCUCUCCUGAGUGUUUCUUUAUUCUUCGAGAAGAUAAGUAUAAGAAAUUGCAUAACCUUGAGAUAGAAUUGGAUACUUUAGCCAAACUUGAGACUAGUGAUGGGGUUCAUACUGAAGACCUGCAGAAGAACAAGGAUGUCAGUACAGCAUCAUGCUGCAUUGCUAGGUUUUCUGAUGGCUUGUACUAUCGUGGCCGGGUUGAGUCCAGUGACUGUGAUGGAAGCAAAAACAUAUUUUUUGUGGAUCAUGGAGAAAGACUAAAGAUACCAACUAAUCAGAUUUUUGCUUGUCCAAGUACUUUUGUGGAGGUACUUCCUGCUCAGGCCAUUCCCUGUCGUCUGGCUUAUGUAACCAUCCUCAGUAACAUGAAAGACAAAGCCAAGGACCUAAUGUCACAUUUGACUUACACUACCGCUGUUUGGACUGUUAAGGCAGUAGAUGUUCAAGACACAGUAGAUGGGAAAAUAUAUAGCGUAGACUUGACUGAUGCUUCAGCUAAUCCACCCAAGAAAAUGUGGCAAGAGCUUGUACAUGCAGGAGUAGCUGUCACUAUGGAACAGAUGGAGGAGACUGAGCAUGAGAGAUUUCCAUCUAUUAACAGCUUCGAUGUUUCCUGUAUAGAGGAUAAGGAAGCUACAGAUUUUCUCUUAAGUGUCCCUGCAGUAAAGGCCCUGAUAGAAGAAGAUAGACAUGCAUUGAAAAUAUUGGGCAAGGUGCCCAUCACAGGUGAAGAGACUUCAGCAAGCCUGCAUCACACUGGUAAUUCUUCAGUGACCUCGCAUCACACUAUUUCUUCAGUAACCUUGCAUCAAACUGAUAUUUCCGAUGCAACAGAAAAAUUGGAUCUUAAAACAGUCUCGUCACUAAUGAUGGGAAUCAGAAAGGUCGACAGUAUAAGGAGAACCUCUUGAGUAAAGAAAGCUGGUUCCUUGGAGUUAUGUAACAUGGAGAGAUCUGGUGCAGAGAAGUCUCCAUUGAAUGUAGUUCAACAGACAAAGAAUUGCAGAGCAUCUCAGAUGGCAUCAAGUGCUUUCCGUGAAAAGUGCCUUAAUGUGCCACCUUUAGAAGCUGUUGAAGGCAUCACUGCUAAAUUAUUCCCAGAUACAUCGUGGAGUCAGGAUGAAGAUUCAGUAUCCGUGACUCUACACCUUGUGGGGGUGGAGGCAUACAAGUGCCGCCUUGGAUCAUCUCGACUGACCUUCAUGACUGUAAUAGGAGACAACUUUUAUGUGAUAGAUGAAGAGUUAAGAGAAGAUAUUGAUCCUAAUCAUUCAACAGUAAUCAUAAAAGGAACAUGUGUGUCUAUCAACCUCAUGAAAGCUACCAAAGGGAGAUGGGGAAGUCUCUUGGCAGAGGGAAAACGAUGGCCUUGUUUGAGAGUAGACUAUCAGCCUCUUCUUUCUGAUGAUGAUGAAGAAUCGUCUCCCGGUGAGAGUGAAGGUGAUUGGUAUGAUGCAGUUGGGAGUAUCUCAGCCUGGGAAUAUGGUGGUCUACCAGCAGGAAUAAGUGAAAGUGACUCUUCUUGUGACCAACAGUCAGAUGACGAGUUCCUGAUGAUAUAA